AUGACAUCAACAUUACGUUCAGCCGCUUCUGUACGUACUGGUGUUUCAGGUGGUGCACGAUCUGGUGGUCAAGUAUCAGGUGCAGCACGAAAAACAGCACCAACCGUAACACGACCUGCUCGUACUUUACCUAAACUUAUUGAAAAUAAUCAAGAUGUUACACCAAAACGUCUCAUUGAUCCAGAACAAUUUUUUAAUAAAGUUAAAGAUUCUUUUCUUACACAAGAUGUUUCAUCGACUCCAAGUGAAGCUGCUUAUUCAACAGUUCAACCACAAGUUUUUUCUGCAACGAAAUCAAUGAUGGGUCUUAGCCAUGGUGGAGCACUUAAUUCACAUGGAACUGAAGGAGAAAGUUUUCCAUCAGAACAAGAAACCGAACAACUUGCUCAAAGUAUAGCUAUGCAUAGCGCUGAACAAGGACAGUCAUUAAUGUCAUUAGAAGGUGAAAUAUCACAACCAUUAUUAACUCUUAGUGAAACAGAAACAAUAUUUAUUUUAAGUUUGGAUAGUUCUAUUGUUGCUAAUGAUUCAAAAGACAUAGAAAUAAUUAAACAUGAUAAUGAACGAUAUGUUGAAUUAUGUAAAAGUAAACAAGGCAGUGAUUUAUUUAGUGAUCGUGGUAUGAAUACAUUCAAUAGUAGUGUUAAAAAUAAAGAAAUUCAAUGUGAACGGCUAAGUUCUCAAAGUCGAGAAGCAUAUGCAUCAACUGCAGAUAUGUAUGAUUCAGAAAGAGGUGAAAUUAUACUUGCUAAGGGUACUUAUGAAACACAAACAACCGAUGAUGGAACUAUGCGUCUUGAUCAAACACGUUCUUUAAGUUCUGGUGUAGAUAAAUCACAUGGAACACGUCUUUCGGAUCAAUCAAUGGAUGAAACGAUGCGAAAACCAGCUGCCACGAAAACUCCUAGUGAAGAAGCAAAAGUUCCAGAACCUUUUGAUGUAAAAUUUAUUGAUCAAAUUUUAUAUGAAAUUAUUUGA